AUGUCACCCACUUCCUCUUUCAAGAUCCUCAUCUCUCUCGCCCUCGCCCUCACCACCACAACAGCAUCCACCCUCACAACCGUCCAAUUUACAUCCUACGCCGCUCUUAACUGCGCCUCUGCGCCUGUAGGCUCCGCGCGCGUCGUCUCAACCUACUGUGUGAAUAUCGAGGAUUUUCCGAUCCGCUCGUUCCGUGCAUCUGUGGAUGAGAGCUCAUCUUCGUGUGAAGUUGGGCAGACGGUCGUGUUGAGGUUGUUUGGGGAGGCGGGGUGUGAUGGGGAUUGGGGGGUUUUGGAGGAGGUUGAAUUGGGUACCAAGGGUGAGAGUGAGGGAGAGGGAGAGUGUUUUGGGUUCGAGGGGACGGUGAGGAGUUUGAGUGUUGUUUGUGUUUAG